AUCGGUCGGUAGGUAGGUAGGUAAGUAGGUAGGUAAGUAUUAUUACCUGGUAGCAACUUACAAUCGCUAGCAUUUGCAGCUGUUGUUGGUGCAACGCAAUGAUAAGUCAAAUUCUACGGAGGCAUCUAAACUAAAGUGUAAACGUGAACCGAAGCCACCGAUGCUUGAUAUCGAUCCUUCCUCCAAUGUCUCCGCCCCCAAUUGGGUUCUUCUCACAAGCCCCUCAAUUUGGAGUCGGACUCACUCUCGCCCUUUAAGUGGGAGGUGAGCAGUGGGCGGUCGCGAACUGACUGGCUGCGAAGCCAGGUUGGCUGGCUGGGCUGCGGAGGAGAGGAGAGCAAAGCAGAGGAGAGCAGAGCAGAGCAGAGCAGAGGAGAGCAGAGGAGGACGGCGCCGCCGCCAACAUUUACGCACGUUCCUGUCGUGCCGUGCCCGCGGCUCGCUCGCUCGCUUGACACCGACGACAACCACACACAACCAAGCUGGUUUCAUCAGCUUGCCACCCAACGAAUAAAGACGAAGAGGAGCUCUACGGAACUUUUGCUUGAGUUUGCAACGCACACGGACUGCCUGCCUGCCUGCCCGCUGAGGGAAUGGUUGAGCCCAGCCCUCCAGCGCUAGCGCUGCGCCUCCUCUCCGAUGUGGACGGCAGCAUGACGUGUGUCAAAGUGGAACAAGAGGAGAUUGCCAGAGAAAGCGGGCUUGCCAACACCCAAGCUACUCUCAAGAUGUCUCCCUCUCGCGACUGGCUGCUGGGGAAUCAGCCUCUGGUGGCCCGUCAGCUUACGCCGCCGCUCUCCUGUUCGCCUUUGGAGGAUUCUCCGGGUAAGGAGUUGCCACACAUACAAAGCCCGGUGACAGUCAAGAUGCAGGAUCCGCCAAAAGGACAAUCCAAGGAAGCAGGAAACCCAGAGUCUCUGGCGGAGAAGGAACUUCAGUUGUUGAUGAUGAUCAACCAGCUGAGUGGACUGAGGGAACAACUCCUGGGUGCCCACUCUGAGCAGAGGAACAUGGCUGCCUUGCUUCUGGAAAAACAGCAGCAGCAAAUGGAGCUGGCUCGGCAACAGCAAGAACAGAUUGCUAAACAACAACAGCAGCUGAUCCAGCAGCAGCACAAGAUCAACCUUCUUCAGCAGCAGAUUCAGCAGGUCAACAUGCCCUACGUGAUGAUCCCCGCUUUCCACCCCAAUGCCCAGAACCUUUCAGUGCCCUCUGAGCCACAGAUAAGCUUGCCGUUGCAGCCCAUCCCAUGCAAGCCAACUGUCGACUAUCCCAUGCAGUUGCUGUCCACACCUGCCAAGAGGAGCGCUGGUUCCUUCCGACAGGAAGCCGGUCAGCCCUUGAACCUGACGUCCAAAGCUGGAAAAGCCCCCAGUCCAAAAUGUAUGGAGAUGGCAUAUGUGGGGAUGCAGAGCACGUACAAACACAGGGAUCUGCCAAAGGACGCAUCAAGCAGCCCGCCACAGUCCACCCUCACUUUACUCCGAGACAGUGAUGUGGUCACCCAGGCCAUUCAUGAUGCCCAGCAGCUACUGAGGAGUCACAACGCUGGAGGGCACGAGCGAGAGAAAGAAACAGACACCAGCAGAAAAGUGGAGUGCAAAUAUCCUCCUUGCGGUGAGAGAAGCCUUCACUCCGAGCGCCGCCACGCAUUGCUGGCCACUGACGACCACCUCAGCAGUGACUCUGAGAGUGCCAUGCAGGUCCCAGGCAGCUACUCUGAAGCCCGCCCCCUUCCGUCCGCAGGCCACAUCAAGAGACCCAUGAAUGCCUUCAUGGUUUGGGCCAAGGAUGAGCGCAGGAGAAUCUUGCAGGCCUUUCCCGAUAUGCACAACUCCUCCAUUAGCAAGAUCCUGGGCUCCAGGUGGAAGUCCAUGUCCAACCAGGAGAAACAGCCCUACUAUGAAGAGCAGGCCAGACUGAGCAGGCAGCACCUGGAGCGCUACCCGGACUACAAGUACAAACCCCGGCCCAAGCGCACCUGUAUCGUGGAGGGGAGGAGGCUGCGGGUGGGUGAAUACAAAGCCAUGAUGAAGAGCCGGCGACAGGAACAGAGAACAACCUACGCCAGGAGUCCAACAGAACCACAGAGCAUCCACUACUCUCACAACGACGCCUUGUACCCGGCCGGCGGCGGCGGCGGCGGCGGCGGCGGCAGCUCUGUCUCCGUGCCGUCCAUGUCCUUUCACUCCUCCCUCCUGGAUCAUUACCUGCCGCAACCUCCGUCGGCAUCCCAUGGAGUGGAGGGCCCGCCCACAGCCGCCCCUCUGAGACAGACGGACAGACAACGACAGCAGGCACCAUACAGCGAAGGAGAGGAAAGUGACAGAGGGGAUCCGAGUGAGAGGGAACUUUUGCUCCUGACGGAUUGAAUUCCAAAGGAACUGGAAAUAAAAGAAGUCACUGAAUUUUA